GGCAGAGGGACUCGGGGGGAUCUCGCUCCGGGGCCAAAAGGACCUGAGCCCGCGCCGAGAGGGAGCGUCCAGGCAGGCAAGGGGACCAGAGGAAGCUGGGGCUGGAGUGCACUGUCGCUCGCCACUGUCUGGAGCGCCCGGAGCUCAGCGGCCCCGCAGCCGCGCGUCCCCUGAGCUGGCCCGAGCGAGGGAUGCACGAUCGCACGGCGGAGAUCCGCGCCUAGAGGCCGCUCGGAGCCGGGGCUAAGACGCACGCCUUCGCCGCCGCCGCCAGGACCCCCAUUCCGGCAACACUCGGGGAACCGGGGCGCCGAGCAAUGCCCCAAGCCUCAGGACUUGGGCGCGUCUAAGACGAUGGUUUCUUAAGCACGGCACCGCGUCCCCCUUCCCGCCCCCUUGACUGGAGCAGAGACCUUGAGCGGGGCUCCCGGGGCUCCGUCCCCGCGAGGAGCCCCGGCCGCCUUCUCCAGGGGCAGCUCGCACGGCGGCACGGGCGCACGGGCGAUGUGGUCUCCGGGCAGCGCGCAGGCCCGCCUGGGGGAUAUUAUGGCACCUGGCGGAGUCCCAGCCUAGCAUGGCCCGCGUUCUGCCCGACGUCGCCUCCGGCUAGGAUGGCCCCUCCGGGCCCGGCCGGCGCCCACCCCACCUCGGCCGAGCCGCUGUCCCGCAACAUCUUCCGGAAGUUCCUGCUGAUGCUCUGCUCCCUGCUCACCUCCCUUUACGUCUUCUACUGCCUGGCCGAGCGCUGCCAGACCCUGUCGGGCCCCGUCGUGGGGCUGUCCGGCAGCGGCGACGAGGCGGGGGCCCCAGGUCGCGGCGUCCUGGCCGGAGGCCCGCGGGAGCUCGCCGUGUGGCCCGCGCCGGCACAGGGAAAGCGCCUCCUGCAACCGCAGCAGUGGCGGAGGCGCCGGCCGCCCGCGCCGCGCGACGACGGCGACGAAGCGGCCUGGGAAGAGGAGACCCCUGGCCUGGCCGGGGGUCCCGGUGGCUCCGGGGCCGGAAGCAGCGUGGCCGAGGCCCCGCCAGGGACCCUGGCGCUGCUCCUGGACGAAGGCAGCAAGCAGCUGCCGCAGGCCAUCAUCAUCGGCGUGAAGAAGGGCGGCACGCGGGCGCUGCUGGAGUUCCUGCGCGUGCACCCCGACGUGCGCGCCGUGGGCGCGGAGCCCCACUUCUUCGACCGCAGCUACGACAAGGGCCUCGCCUGGUACCGGGACCUGAUGCCGAGGACCCUGGAGGGGCAGAUCACCAUGGAGAAGACGCCCAGCUACUUCGUGACGCGGGAGGCGCCCGCGCGCAUCUCGGCCAUGUCCAAGGACACCAAGCUCAUCGUGGUGGUGCGGGACCCGGUGACCAGAGCCAUCUCGGACUACACGCAGACGCUGUCCAAGCGGCCCGACAUCCCCAGCUUCGAGAGCCUGACGUUCAGGAACAGGACGGCCGGCCUCAUCGACACGUCGUGGAGCGCCAUCCAGAUCGGCAUCUACGCCAAGCACCUGGAGCACUGGCUGCGCCACUUCCCGCUCGGCCAGAUGCUCUUCGUGAGCGGCGAGCGGCUCAUCAGCGACCCGGCCGGCGAGCUGGGCCGCGUGCAGGACUUCCUGGGCCUCAAGAGGAUCAUCACGGACAAGCACUUCUACUUCAACAAGACCAAGGGCUUCCCCUGCCUGAAGAAGGCCGAGGGCAGCAGCCGGCCGCACUGCCUGGGCAAGACCAAGGGCCGGACGCACCCGGCCAUCGACGGCGAGGUGGUGCGCAGGCUGCGCGACUUCUACCGGCCGUUCAACCGCAAGUUCUACCAGAUGACCGGGCACGACUUCGGCUGGGAUGGCUAACGAUAUAAUUUAAAGAGAAAAAAUAUCAAAAUAUAAUAUAUUUUUUUACCAAUCGGUAGAGAAAAGACAGUUUAAUAUUUGUGCUCAAAGUAUUUGUUUCAGUAUUUUUUUCAAUGAAUGUUAAGAGAUCAUUCUUGCCCCCCACCCGUCCCAUCUUAAUGUAUAAUCAAUACCAAACAUUUGGAUAAACAGAAAAGAAAAACUUCACUCAUCUAAAAUACUUUCAAUUUUCACUUUUUACUUUGUGUUCUAUAUACCCAGUCAUAAAGUAUAAGCAUCAGUUGCCAUUAAAACAUUU